UGUUUUAAAAGUAGAUCUACCAAGGUGAUGUAUCACCAAUCAGUAUGUCUCCCAUCAGUCAAUCUCAGUUUAUUCCACUCGGGGAAAUCCUCUGCUUGGCAAUAUCGGCAAUGAACUCGGCAAGAAAACCUGUCACCCAAGAAGCACUGAUGGAACACCUGACAACUUGUUUUCCAGGUGUUCCAACCCCAAGCCAAGAAAUCCUGCGGCACACGUUGAACACCCUGGUACGGGAGAGGAAGAUCUAUCCCACUCCGGRUGGCUAUUUCAUUGUGACCCCACAGACUUACUUCAUAACUCCUUCCCUCAUAAGAACUAACAGUAAAUGGUACCAUUUGGACGAGAGGAUACCUGACAGGUCUCAGUGUACCUCUCCACAACCUGGAACCAUAACRCCCUCUGCCUCAGGCUGUGUCAGGGAAAGGACAUUGCCCAGAAACCACUGCGACUCUUGCCACUGCUGCCGAGAAGACAUGCACAGCAUGCACGCGUCCACUCUGCAGAGGAAAUCUGCCAAGGACUGCAAAGACCCUUACUGCCCUCCUUCUCUGUGCCAGGUGCCACCCACUGAAAAGAGCAAAAGUACUGUAAAUUUUUCUUAUAAGACAGAAACUCUCUCGAAACCUAAAGAUAGUGAAAAGCAGUCCAAAAAGUUCGGGCUCAAGUUAUUCCGGCUAAGUUUUAAGAAAGACAAGACCAAACAGCUGGCCAAUUUUUCUGCCCAGUUUCCUCCAGAGGAGUGGCCCCUGCGGGACGAAGACACGCCCACUACCAUCCCUCGGGAAGUGGAGAUGGAGAUCAUUCGGCGGAUCAACCCGGACUUGACUGUGGAAAAUGUCAUGAGGCACACUGCACUGAUGAAGAAACUUGAAGAAGAGAAAGCGCAUAGGAGUAAAGCAGGAUCCUCUGCCCACCACAGCGGAAGAAGUAAAAAGAGCAGGACUCAUCGAAAGUCCCAUGGGAAGUSUCGGUCACACAGCAAGACGCGGGUGUCCAAAGGAGACCCUUCGGACGGUUCGCAUCUGGACAUUCCUGGUGAAAGAGAGUAUGACUUUUGUGACCCUCUGACCAGGGCGCCCAGGGAGGGCUGCUUCAUCAUCGAACACAAAGGCGACAACUUCAUCAUGCACAGUAACACSAACGUGAUYGAGUCCCAUUUCCCCAUGACACCAGAAUGGGAUGUGUCCGGCGAAYUGGCCAAAAGGAGAACUGAGAUGCCUUUUCCUGAACCUUCCAGGGGAAGCUCGCACUCCAAAGUGCACCRAAGCCACAGCCAUACCCAGGACCGAAGGUCCAGGAAUGAGAGACCCAGCAAAGCCAAGGAGAGGUCCAGAUCCAUGGAUAACUCCAAAGGCCCCCUGGGCGCUUCUUCUCUAGGCACACCCGAAGACCUGGCCGAAGGCUGUAGCCAAGACGACCAGACCCCCAGCCAGUCCUACAUCGAUGACAGUACUUUAAGGCCCGCUCAGGCUGUUGGUCAUCAAAGGGCUCUCCUUUCAUCCGCAAGCUAUAAAGAGGUAUGUAUUCCAGAAAUAGUUGGUGGCAGCAAGGAGCCUUCCAGUGCUUGUAGCCUCUUGGAGCCAGGCAAACACCCCGAGAGUUUGCCACCCUACGGGGAACUCAGCACCUGUCCAACCAAAACAGCCGCUGAUGACUACUUCCAGUGCAACACUUCUAGUGAGACGGUGCUUACCGCACCGUCACCUCUGGGGAAGAAUAAGGAGGACCAUGCCACUCUGACCCUGGCAGAAGGCGUGAAAAAGCUGUCUCCCUCUGAUAGGCAGGCCCCGCAUUCCUCCAGGGAGCCUGUCGGCCACAAGGAGGAGUCACCAAAAGGAUGCGAGAAACUGGAACCGUCCCUGGGGACCUCGGCAGCACAAGCCAUGCCAUCUUCCCAGCGUCAGCAGGAGUCUGGAGGGAACCAGGAAGCCUCUUUUGACUAUUACAAUGUCUCCGAUGACGACGACUCUGAGGAAGGGGCAAACAAAAACGCUGAGGAGGAGAAAAAUAGAGAUGAUGUAGGCACCAUGCAGUGGCUUCUGGAGAGGGAGAAGGAAAGAGACUUGCAGAGGAAGUUUGAGAAGAACCUCACCCUCCUCACCCCAAAAGAAACCGACAGCAGCAGCAACCAGAGAGCCACCCAUUCAGCCCGGCUCGACAGCAUGGACAGCAGCAGCAUCACCGUGGACAGUGGAUUCAACUCCCCACGUACUCGGGAGAGCCUGGCUUCCAACACGUCAAGCAUUGUUGAGAGUAACCGUCGUCAGAAUCCCGCUCUGAGUCCAGCCCACGGUGUAGCUGGGUCAGCCUUCAACUUCCGMGCGAGUACAGACCCCCCGACCAGCGAAGCUGAGAAACUACAGAAACCUUCCAACUGCUURCAAGCUUCUGUGACUAGUGUGUGAUAGUCCUUCUGCCUCAGAUCUUCUGUCUCAUUCAAUACAGCAAAGUUUACGACACUGGGACUGAUGUUUACAUCUUUGGAAAGACAAGCAUCUCAAGCACAGUUUUCGUGUUUACUUAAACUGUGCAGCUAAGUAGGCUAGGGCAAAAAAAACAAAACAAAACAAAACAAAAAUCUUUAUUUCAGAGUAUUGCUUUUCACAUUUAUGGCUCUGUAGCAACUGAAUAGCAGUAGGGGUGAUAUGUAUACUUUGGCUUCACUAAUUGUAUCUGAGCACACAUAGGAAAGUCUAGACACUGUAAGUGGAAUAUGCGUUUUCAAUGUCAUGCAGUUGCCAAUUCCAUUUUUAAAAUGCCACAGAUGUGUGUUGCUCCCAGUCUGUGGUUCAGUGGGGCCACGGAACUGAUCUUUGACACUUCCCAAACAAACCAACCAACUAACAAAAAAACCCCAUGCCACCGCAAAAUGUCAAAUGCAAGGGUCCACCUUGAGGGAAAUCAAUGCCAAACUGUCCAGGAGGGACCCCCCUCCCCCCCGGCCCUUUGCGUGUAAACCGUUUAUGCACCUGUCAUUUUUCACUGUGAAUUUCGUGGUACUGUUCUGCAGGAGUCCAUGGAAGUACGUCAGAAGGGGUGGCGAUGGAAAUACCGGGAGUGUCUGUUUUCAGGAUUUUGUUUUYGAGUGUGACAGAUGCUUGUCUUGAUUUUAAACCUUCCAUGAUCACAAACAGGAAUAGAGGCCUUUGAUGGUGAAGUGGAUAAAGGAAGGGAAUUCCCAUUCUGGCUGGGGCACAGCACUAAGUGAGGGAAAAGGUGAUGUGGACAUUUUUAAAGCUAUUCAUCGAAUAUUGAAGGAAGAUAAUUUCCUCCUUGUGAUACUUAAUGAUGAUCCUAUCUUACUAUAAUAGAUAACAAUAAUUAGUUUGUUUAAAAGCAAAAUGUUCUUUGUGAUACAAAUGGAGAGUAUGGCCUGGGGAUGUUAUUCUUUCUAAUGGAAGGAUAUAAAUCUAUUUUAUGUAGUUUUAAAUAGAAUGCCUAAAUUAGGCUGUGGGAGAUGAUUUUUAGUGGUUAUAGGAAAGAGCAAAUUUAGGGAGAGUUGAACUUCAGGCCUUUUAUUCCUGGGAAGAUAUCUAUAGAGAAAACUUUUAAAGUAAUUUUUGAUUAGAAAUAUACAUGCCCAUGUAAUAAGCAACAGAAUGAGCUCAUUCUGCUAGUGUGGUAUGAUCAUAAUUUGUACUCCCCUAAAGUUUAUCAGAAUAACAAUUAUGCAUAAUGAACUAUGCCAGAGUAAUGUUUACAGAUACUUUGUAACCAAUUUCAGGAGAUGUUUUUAGGCAGAUGUAUAGUCAUUAGCCCAGCUUAUUUCAAAAAUGGUUUGUUAACAUUUUGCUUUGGUUUACUAUGUCAUGUUGAACACAAAGAAGGCUCAGCAGCAAAGGAUUACAAAUAAUUAAGCUUCAACCUUAUAGGAAAUAGACAUUUCAAAGUUCCCAAGCUUUAUUUUCUGAGAACAAUGGAACAUGUUAUAGAUCAUGGAAAACUAUUUGCAAAAGGGUUUCGUCUGACCCAAGUAAAUGGUCUGAUAAAAAGUCAUAUUUAGACUAGUGGCAUGUGCUAUUCGGAGCCAAACACCAUUUUUUAAAAAAUAAWCCUAUAUGUAUCAUUUUUCACCUCAGAUUUAAAUAAUUGGCAUAACAUUUGUGAGGCACUUCUGUUCCCAUGUUAAAUUUAAUCACUAGCAAUCAGUUUAAAGAACACAGUCAUCUACAUAGUCAGACUAAUUUUUUAAACAUGAAUACUCAUGCUUUAUCGCUAYUUGAAAGUUGCARCGGGUCAAAGUUUAGCAUAAUUCUCUUUUAGUGCUUAUUGUAGUGAAAUUUAAGCGCAUUUCCUGGUAAACUGCCACCCCAUUGAAAUGCUUAAGCCAGUUGACUUUUAAUCCCAUGCCUUAUUUUCUCCAAGGCAUGCCUCGAAUACUCAGAAACACACUGUCUGUCUCACUGCUUAAAUAUGUCCAGAAGAAAUGAUAACGUAUCUAGUAGACUACAUAAUCUGUUUCCUUGGGGAGUUUGUAUACCAUACAGUUACUAAAUUUUUAUGUCUAAAUUUCUUUUUUUCCAAAAAACCUGCUCUCAAAUUUUCAUCAUCCUCAAUUCAUAAAUAAUAUAACCAUUAAAACAGUACAUUGGCCUCUGAUUGACCCUCUGAAAGUAGCCAUUGAAAUAAUCAGAUGCUGUGUGAGCAGGAAAAGAAAUCAUUACCUUUAAGAGAAGCUUUAAAAUAUGAACUUAAUAUUUCACAAGAAAUAGGUUUACAGGAAACAUUGUUCAAAGAAAAUGUGUAUACUCUUUGCCUGAUGCUCCGGGGUACAUGAUUUUUAAAAGAAAACUUCCUUAGACCAGUAGCCAUUAGCGUAGAAAUGAUGGACURUCAAGGUGAUAUAUCAUGUCAGCAGAUGUUCCAUUUAGAAAUACUCUCCUGAAUCGAAUCUGGAUUCUUGAAUGGAGGAGAAGUGGUGGUGGGAAGCGCAUGACAUAUGUGACGUGCGACAAUUGUGCAUGUCCAAGAUGGUCUCACCGAGAUGGUGAGGCUCUCCAUGCCCAAGCCCUCGGGCCCUCUCCAAGCUUUGUGUUCUUUUCCUCCAGUGAUACCAUAGCUUUGUGUCACACAACUGCUUAUCUAGUCUUAGAGUUUAUCAGCUGAAAGGUUUACAAAACUGAAUCUGGUUGAAUCUCUGUGAGGCGUUCAACUUUAAAGGGUCAACCCAUCUGUCGGCAUUUUGCACACUUAUGUAUUAUUAUGAUACAGCAUAUUACUUUAUGGUAAUUUUUAUUUUUACAUAUAACUACCUCCAUGAAUUUGAUGAAAUGGCAGCAGCGUGUUAAAGUGUAUUGUUCAGAAAAGCAACAUUUAAAACUUUCUUAAACAUGAGGCCAUGCAUUGUGUGUGUGUCGGUGAUUGCCUCUGGGGACUCAUGACUAUCCCAUUGCCAUGGUUUUCUUUCACGGCACCCUUUUGGCUUUCAGAUGUAAUUCUGUCUUCUCCUCUCUUUCCCACGAAAGCACACUUGACUUGGUCACGAAGGAACGAAGGUUUCAAAAUUCUUGUCUUUCUCCCACUCUCCAUUCCUGCUUAAAGUUCUCUCUGGCCAAGAGCCAAUGGGUAAACAUAAUUUGGAAAGCUAUUUACUCCUAUGGAAAUCUGAUUUGAUGGCUAGGUUUUCAGUAACAGAAGUCACACAAGAAAUUUGGACUGCCAACUCUGAAGCACUUUGGGCCUCUCUGCCUUUAUCAUAUGCCACCCUAACGAGCCCCGGUUCACUUUUAUUAAAGAAGCUGUGCCAUAUAGUUCCAUGACUUCUGUUAAGUAAUUCAUACUCCAUUUGAUAUGUUUUGCACAUCUCAGGGGACCUUAAUGAGCAUAUGAAAAGGGGGUGUAUCUAAUAGUGAAAACAAAUAGAGCUAAAAAGGGCCUAGCUGGGUAAAAAUAACACAUGAAUACUUCUCUGAUGUUGGGUAGCUCAAGUUCAGGAAGGAUAAAUUGAAAGAAUCCACAGUAACAGUGAUCAGAACACCAGCUGUUCCCAAAUCUCUAUUUUUCGUAACCCAACCAGCAUUUCUAUAAUGUAAACUUAAAUUUUAUUGCAGUCACCAUCAGGAGAAGAAACCUGUUUUGUGGAAACAGAAAAAAAUCAUUCCACUUUCAGUUUGGCACAACUUGGUAAGCUUCUACCCAGGAUAAACCACUUAUCACCACAAAGUGUACUUGAAAAUAAAAUUUUUAACUUAAAUGAUAGGCAUGUUUCUCUCGAUACAAUAGAGAUCAUUUUUGGAAAAGUCUCACCAUUUAUAACUUGGGUAGUAUUAGAAGCUUCAUUUAAAAACCAACAACCAAUGAUGAUGUUGCUCGGUUCAUUUGGGGAUCUCAAAGUGCUUCCAAAGCAUUAGGUUCACAGACAGUUAACAAGGCAGGUCAUAUUUGUAAUACCUAUACUUGGGAUGAUUUAGAUUACCUAGAAACACAGUGGCAGCUAUCAAUGACCUAUUUUCUAUCUGUUUGAUAGACCAUCAUGAGAAAUCAUUAAAUACAAUGCUCUUUUUCUGAUGAGUGCUAAUAAAGUCAAAAAAACAAGUACAAUCUUACACCUUUGUCUAUUUUCAUUCAAAAAGUUUAGGGUGUUUGGAAUCUUGCACCUCAGCACACCUUUCUGGUAUUGAAUGAUGAAGUGGGAGAUGAACAGAUCCACCCAGAUUCCCUUGCAGUCAAAGGCAGAUCCAGAUGUCCACCCUUGUUUACAGUUUCAUAUUGGGUUUCUAUAAUUCCUGUGCUAAAAUAUCUUCAGGAACAAGACUGCUCUAGGCAGUGGAAGGUGCUGAAACAAAUUUCAAUUAAAAACUUUAUCAAGUACUCUUCACAGUGCUCCAUGGCACAAUAGAAAUUCAGUACAAUAUAUUGAGCCCGACUUUGUAAGAUCUGAUCCAGUGCUAAAUGUUUUCACAAAUUAGGAGACAGAAAACCCUUUACAGGAAUCUUCUCCAUUACCAUAGGCCUGUCCUCAAACCAACUAGCAGUGCUAUGGACCACAGUAGACCCAAGCAAAUGAUUGCUUCUCCCUCCUUCCCCCAGAACCAUCCUGCCCAUUGCCAAAGCCAUCCAGUACUCUCCUGUUAGUGAGAGACUCUUUUGAACACAUUUAGGGCACCGGGAAGCUGGAACACAGGAAAAAUAAUUGCAAAAGCCAUGGGAGAUAUUGUUUUGCUUUGUAAAAUAUGAGCAGGAAGGAGAUUACUAUCAGUCUGAGCUUUGCCAACAAAGAUAAAGAAUUAGCUGUCACCCCAGCCCUCUCACAGAAGGUUUUAUGGUAUUAACGUUACAUCCAAUAUCUUCCCAUAGAUUUUUAUUUCGGAGACAUUUCAUAAAUUAUAUGUAUAUGAAAAAAAACUAUUAAAUUUCCUCGUGUGUUUGAAACAGGCAUUGGCACCUCUCUGAUUGAGUGUAAUCUCUGCAUCUUUUGCAGCAGCAUCCCAGAGAGAGAUUCCCCGGUGAUCUCUCCUAACACACAAUCCUGUGUUUUUACAGUUCUGUGACUUACAAUUGAUGAAUUGUAAGAUUCAGAAUUCCACAGAGCUCAAGGGGGCCUGAACCAUCUUCUUAUGAUUGUAUAUACGAUCAGUUCUAGGGCUUUAAUUGCUACUUGUUGGCUCUG